AUGAGGGCUCAGAGUGCAUUGGAAUGGGUGAGUGCAAGACAAGCAGCAUGUACUGCACACUACCAUGCUUCAUGGGGUGCAUUGAAUGUGCUGGCCCGAGAGCUUGGAAAGGUGGGAUGGCAAGGGGGACUUCAGCCACUGGAAGAUGAGGAUAUCAGACCACUUAUUGAUCUGUAUGCCAUGCCAGGGCAGGGGAGACAAAAGCUGACGUGGAUUUGGAGGAUGAGUGGCAUGGAUAGUGAUGGAGAUGGCACAGAUGAAGAUGGUGUGAGGGUAGAAUGGUGCAAAGCCCGAGCUCGUGCGAUGCGCUGGUCUGAGGAGGUUGAGCUGCUUCACGAGGAGAUGUGCCAUGUCCUUCAAUUUUUUCAGUGGCAGGCUACCUGGUGGGAUGAUCAAGGGAAUCAGCGUGUAGAGGAGGACAAAGGAUGUCUUGAGGGUAUACGAGCUUAUGUGGCCAAGCAAGGACACAUUCGCCACGUGUUCACUGAUCAGUUUCACACUUUAUGGUCUCCUUUCUUAUCUCCCGACACUGUACCAUUAACAAGGCUUGUAUCUGAUGCAGACCACACUGCUGACCUCCCUAAUCUUUCAGCACUGUCUCCACCCAAUAUCUAG